AUGUCCACCAUACCGGUAUCAGAGACCUUCAAACGAACACCCAUAGAUCUUCAGUUCCUUAAGAUCAUUGCUAUUGUUCUUAGAGCUCAGGGGUAUCAUGUGACAAAUGACUUUCUUACAGAAUUGAAUGAAAUGGCAUUGAAGUACUUUUCUGAUUUAAUAGAUGACUUGAAAACAUUCACUGAACUUCAAAGAAGAACCGUUCCAACGGUAAGUGACGUUCAGAAUGCUUUCAAGUACAAACAGAUUGAUUACAAUGGUAUGUAUUUGCAACAUGUUCGUAAUAAGAAGAUCUAUAGCAAAUACCAAAAAGAGAUAAAUUCUGUUAAUCAUCAAACUUCAACCACCAUCAAUAAUCUACAAAAUAUAACGUUUGAUGCUGAAAGUGAAGUGUUUUUCAAUGAAGAAGAAUAUGAAAUUGCAGAAUUAGUACCUAGAGAUACUAAGAAACCAUCAUACAUACCAAACUAUUUCCCCGAUUUACCUCCAGAUUAUACAUAUCAAAACACUGCAAGAUACAUAGAACCGUUGAAAGAUAUGGAGAAACUCAGAUUAAGGCUAGUGGAAGAAUCAAGACUCACAGAACAAUCACUUUAUACUAUCAUUGGAGAUAAUGAAGAUGAAUGGAAGAAGAAUAUAGAAAUUGAGAUUAGUGAAGAUGAAAGUUUAUUAAGUUUGACUGAAUUACCAAUGAUAGCAUCACCAAUUCAACGAUUUGAUGCUUUCAAACCUCCUGAAUUACCUGAAUAUGCCGAAGAUGAAGAUGAAGAGACUAAAGUUGAAGAAAAACCUGUGGUUAUCGAUAAAAGUUUUGACUUUGUAGCAUAUGCCAAUAAAAGGAAAAUUAUCAGAGAUAGGAAGGAACAAGAAAUUAUUGAUAGAAGAAACAAAAGAGGUAAAAAUGUCUUCAUGAAAGCAGAAAAAUACUUUUCCCCAUAUGCAACUCAAGCUAUCACUGGAGAAAUUCGACAAUUUUUCAAAGACAACUUGAACCAUGAGCUAGGUACUGUCAUCAGAGCCAUCAAAGCAGAUACUGUGAAACAGAAAGAAACCAUUGAAAGAUUAAUAUCCGAAAAAGAAGUUCAAGAAAAAGAAAGAGAAAAGGAAAGAGAAACCAUCGAAUUUGGAUUCAAUUUUGGAGACGAAAAAGUCAUUGAUAGUGACAGUGAUGGAGAAGUUAAUGAUGAAGAUAUUGUAUUUGCUACUGACCAACGAGAAACGGAUGUGGCCAAUGAAAUUAAUGGAACAGAUAUAAUAGAUAUGGCAAUCGAUACCCCAAUUGAUAUGGCAAUCGAUACACCCAACGAUAUUCAAACUGAACCUAACGGUACUAACAUGUUCCAAGACCUUGAUAGUGACAUGUCAGACUUGGAAUCUCAACUUCAAGCCUUUAAUGAUGAAUAA